UAUGUAAUUGUGGAUCAAUAACAAUGAAUUUAUGGACAAGCUAAAUGAAGUGGUAUUGACGGAUCAACAGCCUGAGCUUCUUCAGAAGCUGUCCCAAGGAAAGCCUACCUUGAGAAUAAUGUAUGAGCUAUUUCAAUGCAUACUUAAAAUGGGUCCUAUUGGCCAGGGCCUCUCAAUGCUAUUUGGUGCAGAUUUUCUGCCAAAAGGUAAUGAAAAGGAAAUCCGGGCAAAAUUUAAUGGAUAUCUGACAUUGAUGGACUCAAUGACCAACGAAGAAUUGGAUAGUUCCAAUCCAAAGCUUAUGAAUCAAUCCCGGAUCAUGCGAAUAGCUAGGGGUGCUGGCCGUCGAGUACAUGAGGUAAUAGAGUUGCUGGAAGCAUACAAGCGACUUGCAAAUACGAGCAAGAAUAAAUCUUUAAUGAAGGGACUAAAUCAAAUGGGAGGUGCAGGUGGUUUACAGAACAUCAUAAAGCAUAUGAGUUCCUCCAAAGAUAUGAUGGGUAUAUUUGGUGGUGGCCGUAAAUAAGUAAAGAUUACAUCAAAAGCAUAAAUUUACAGAUUUACAAAGUCAAGAACUAGCAAUUCCUGUCUAUAUAGUUAAAGCACGCACAAUUUUGAGUUCUUCCACUGAUAGUAUGUUGUAUUGUUACCUUGUUUGUAUAAUUUAUUAGCAAGAUCUUGGCCUUUAAUCAUAUGGAAACACGUGGCAGCAUACUACAAGUUACUAAGAAAAACUGAACCAAAGAGCAUGGGCUUGUUCAAUAACAUUGGUUCUCUUUACUUAUCAAUUUAGAUA